UCAGCCAGCCCCUGGAACUACUCAAGCGCGAUCAAGGGCGACCCUCCGGUCUGGGGAUCCUCCUCUGUGCGGUUUAUCAUCAGCGUCCUCUCUCCCGUCUCGUCUCGUCUCUCUCGUUUCCCGGCGUCUCUUCUUUAUCCCUCUGUACUGUUACUAGAGGAUGGCCAUACCAAAACUCCUCUCCGCGAUCCCCUCGUCGUUCGCCACCCCCCUUCUGGCCGUUGGUUCCAUCCAGGACUCGGGGUCCUCAAGCGCGAGUGAGGUGACCCUCCGGACUGGGGAUUAUACCCAACCGCCAUUCGCCCGCACCGUCUGUGUACUAUACCUUGCCUCUCGACUUCUCUUCGAAGCUCGCGGGAAGACCGUGGCGCUCAAGCUCCUGGUACGCCGGCUCGUCAUCGCUCGCCAGUGCUGCCUCCUGAUCCACAAGCGCGAGCGGGGAUGGUCCCGCGGACCGGGACUCGCCGUUCAUCAUCAGCGUCGUCGCUUCGUCUUUUCAUCUCUCUGGUUCUGUCUAUCUGGAGGACGGUCGCCUCAAAACUCCUUUCCGCGAUCUCCUUGUCGUUCGCCAGCACCUCACCAUGGCCCUCGAACGCACCCCAAGGUGUUCAUGCUCCUCAAGCGCGAGCAAGGACGACCCUCCGGACUGGGGACUAUACCCCCUGGCCGUCCUCUGUGUAUUUGUAUCCCGAUGACACCAUCGUGUCCUUCUCGCUCGUGGUCCAACUCAAGUCUGUCGCUACGCGGUCUCCCCCGAAUUCGGCAAACUCUAGCCUGUCUCUACUCGGUUUCCUCUGGCCAACUCUAGUCUGUCUCUACUCGAUUUCAGCCGUCAACCAACUUGCGCCUGUCUUUACUGUGUCAACAUCCUUCGACUCGGCCCAACCAUCC